UGGGUGCGGGUGUGGGUGCGGAUAUGGGUGCGGAUAUGGGUAUGGGCAUGGGCAUGGGUGCAAGUGUGAAUGAGCCUGACACUACCAUGGAGUUGAAAGUGCGCCAGGCUCUAUUGGAUAAGCUCGUUCUGUUCAGCGUGCCAGGAGAGCAUUCCAGGAAGGUUCCUCUGAGAGGGCUGCUUGCUGCCGUCACUGCGUCCCUUUUCCAUCUCUCCUCGCCACACCAGAUCAUGCUCCCUCGAGCGCCAGGAGGGGUGGGACGAGAGGGUGUGAAGCCGGCAGAAGGAGCGGCAGGAAUGGAGCUGUUCGCUAGGGACCUAGAGUCUGGAUGGACGUCAUGGGGCAAUGAGCCUCUCAGGUUCCAGCACCAGCAGUACUUCCAUGCGCGCGCUUGAGGGUGGGUGCGUUGGGAAAGGAUGGGUGAAGGAUGGACGUUUUGGGGCAAUGAGCCCAUCAGGUUCCAGCACCAGGAGUACUUCCAUGAGCACGCUUGAGACCUCCGUGUCUGCAGUGGUUUAGGUAUGUUUGUACAUGCAUUGAGGGAGUGUAGUGUAAACGCAGCGUGCAUGUAAGGAACAUCCCUUAUCCUUAUCGAGCCUCGCUAACAUCGAGUACAGCCCUGACUUUCGGAAGUCCAGGCUCGGCCCGAAAUUUCAGGUUCAAACUCUGAGUUGGAAAGUUGACUAGAAUGAGAGAUACAAGGUGCUUUUGUGCAAAGGAGUUGUACUCUCAAAGAAUUGAGCUGGAUCCCAGAGCGCAACCGACCGUCCGAUCGCAAUGGAGGCUGAGUCAACCGGAGCUGAUGGAACUACGUACGCAAUUGGAUUAUCUCUUGGAGAAAAAAUUCAUCCACCCAUACACGUCACCUUACGCCGCGCCGAUACUCUUCACCCCUAAAAAGGACGGAGGGCUUCAGAUGUGUACUGACUAUCGAGUGCUUAACAAAAUCACCAUCAAGCCGCGUUACCUGAUUCCACGAGCCGACGAUCUGAUCGACCAACUUCGCGGUGCCAGGAUUUUUUCCAAGACUGAUCUACGAGGAGGUUACCACCAGAUUCGUAUCGCUGAAGCUGAUAUUUCGAAAACUGUCUUUCGAACCCGUUACGGAAGUUACGAGUAUAUAGUGAUGCCGUUUGGGUUGACGAACGCACCCUCAACUUUUCAACUGACCAUGAACGAAGUUUUCUGCUCGCUACUGGACAAGUGCGCCAUUGUCUACCUGGAUGACAUCCUGGUGUACAGCAUAUCUCGGGAGCAACAUUUGAGGAGCUACAAUUUCUUGGGCCACAUCAUCUCCAUCGAAGGCGUUAAAAUUGACCCGAGGAAAAUUUCUACAAUUCGCAACUGGGAGCCGUCUACCAACGUCGAGAGGUUGCAGAGUGUUCUGGGGUUCGUCAACUACAUGCGCCGUCUUAUCCCUAAAAUGGCGGAGUCAACAGCCCCGCUAACCGACUUGCUACGGAAGGCAGUUUUUUAUGAGUGGGGGGAGAGGCAACAAGCUGCGUUUGACCAACUGAAGACUUUCCUCAUAACACCACCCGUUCUUCACAUCGCCGACCCCGACCGCCUGUACAAACUGGUUACGGACGCCAGCGACAUCGCCGUUGGCGUGGUACUGUUAUAGGACUUUGGCGAAGGCCUGCAACCGAU